AUGUAUCGCAUGCAAACAACUUCUUCUUCAAAUAAAAUAAUUAACAACUCAACCAAGAAGAAAAAUAGCGGCUCUAUAAAAUUGCCUCCCAUAAUUGCUAGUAACACCAACAGCAAUAGUUUAAUAACUUCUAAAAUUAUUAAUGAUAGAAAGGGUAGGACCGAUAGGAACACAAAUUCCUCCAACAAUGUAAAGCUCUCAUUUAGUAAGAUAUCGAAAAAUGAAGUGAGCGAAAAUACGAGUAUCGUAAGUGCAAACGAUAAAGAUGAGUGGAGAGGAAGUUGUGAGGAAAACGAAACAGAAGAAGCUGAUGAGUGCGCGGAAGGAUUGCUUGAUUACGCGGACGAUGUUUAUGAAGAUGUUAUAAAUUACGAGAAUCAAAUAGGUUCCGUUGAAAGUCUUGAUGAAGAAGAGGCGUAUGAAACAAAAGGUGAAAGAAAAUCUAGUUAUCACAAAUUAGUCAGAUGGUUGACAACUUCAAUAGCAGCUGGAGAUUACUCGGUAACUUCUAAAAGAAAGAAACGAUUGAUUUCUAGUGGUGUUAGUAUGUCAAGCAGUCAAAAUGAUAGCAAUGACUUUGCAUCAAAAUCAUCAAAAAUAGACAAAGAUUCUCGCAUUUCUCAUCACUCCCAACCAGACUACCAAUCAUCAUUAUUUAGAUCCAGAGAGAGCGAGAGUAAAUUUAUGCAGUUAGUGGACAAUUCCAAAUUUAGAUUCGUUAAACCUGACAAUGAAUUUCUGCUUGCCGGAGCUGGAGAAGGCAGUGUAGACGAAGAAGACGACGAGGAAGAGGAAGAAACGUUUACGUUGAAAUAUAAAUUAUCCGAAUCGGAUUCUUUGAAAGAUAUAAUUUCUGAUGAUGAUGAUGAUGAUAUAAAAACCAAAUUUUUUACUUUGAGCGCUAAAAAGAAAAAUUUACUAGAUGAGCAUGACAGAGACGAUGAAGAGCCAAUAACGGAGGAACAUGAACGAGAAGCAAAGCAAGAAAAAGGAAACUCGGCAUAUAAAGAAAAUAUGCUCUUAGAAGAAGAUGAAAAUGGAAAUUUAAUUCAUUUUGAGGAAAUAAGGGCUAAUUUAAAGACACGUGUGUUUGCGGAUCGAACAUGUGAAGACGAACCAAAAAACGGAGAACAAGCCAGGCGCAAAGCACGUGGUUUGAAGUUUAAUCCAGCAUUACUUUUAUCCAACUAUCGAUUGAAAGAUCUUUUCACGAGAGAUGAAAAUGGUUGGGCGCCAAUUCACUACUGCGCUUUUCGCGGUUUUCGACAAUGCAUCAGCAUAAUACACAAUGAAGUACCCGUUAUGAUAGAAUAUAGAACAAAAGAUGAUAGGCUUUUCACCACACCUUUUUUGCUAGCAGUUAUGAGUUUGGAUUUAGAAACAAUAAAACUUUUCAUAGCCUUGGGUGCAAAUCUUUCAGCUAGAGAUGGCUUAGAUCAUGAUGCCGUCCAAUUAUGCACGUAUAAGCAAGCCAUUACCUUAAUAAAAUUUUUCAUUGAACUUGAUGAUCCUCGUUUAAAGGUUUGGAACAUCUUGGUCAGAUCUUUGGAAUCUGAAAAUGAUUACGAUGCCUUGGCGACGGCAAAAACUCUUCGCUUGUUAACCGAUAUUGAACCUCCGUGGACUGCAAGUUGUUACUGGAAACCGUUAUACAGGAAAGGGAUAACAAAAUACAUUACAAUGGUUUUGAAUGCAGAUUUUUCCGUUGAAGUUAAGAUUGAAAGCUUAGAAACAAUUCUCCACAUAAUAGCACCGAAUAUGGUGAAAAAAGCGGCGGUUGAAAAACAUGACAUUCUACCUAUUCUUAUACAACUUUGUCUUCAUGAAAAUGCUGUCAUAGCAGAUUUAAGCGUUCAGUGCCUUAUUUCCAUUCUUAGCGUUGGUAAAUAUUUGGAGCAAUGCAUUAACACGAAUCUACUAGGAAUAUUAAUUAACUCUAUGUCUAGAAAACGACAACCGUUAACUUUCAAAAACACACUCGAUUUAAUGGCAUUACUGCUUUUUGGUCAUUCAGAUUUUCAGCAUGAAUUUAAUCUUAUCGAAAAAAGUUUUUUGCAAAUUGUUGGCAGAUUCAACAAAAACAAAAGCAAGAUGGUCUCAUUUUCUCUUGUGAGAGUCGUCGAAAAAUUGAUGGUUGCGACAUUAGCAGCAAUUAGAGCAAUGUGUAAAAAUAAUCCUUACACUCAGAAAAUUCUAAUCAAUGCGGACGCCGUUCCAGGAAUAGUUCUUUUGUUAAAAAAAACUCGGUACCUGACAAUACAAGAAUUAACAGCUUCUACUCUUUGGACAAUUGGUGGAAAGUCUUUUCAAAAUUUGUGGAGAAUUGCUGAAAGCAUUGGAGUCAAGGUUUUGGUUGAAUUUGUGGAAAGUCAUAGUGAAAUUUUAGAGUUCAUUGGUGCCGAUGGCUUGGCCAUUCUUAACAGCGCUCCGCUUGGAGUCCAUGAUGCGUUUAAUGCAUGUUCCGGAACUCAGGUGCUAACUAGGCUGAUGGUUAGAACAACGGACAGGAGGACAUUGCUGGCCACAAUAAGAGCCAUAAGACACAGCUGUUACAAAUCGGCGCUUAUUAAGCAUCCAGGAAAUCAAAAACUGGCUGUCGGUGAUUACACAGUUCAAGGAUGUGUCAAUUUGUUGCUUGAUAUAAUAAACAGUUGCAACUUUAAAGACCCAAUUCUUAUAAAGGCUGAAUGUAUCAUGGCUCUUGGAAGCAUGGCUUUAGUAAAUACUGCUUCUCUGCAAGAGCUCUUGAACAACAAGAGUUUCAGUUUUUGUCUGGCAAUAAAUCUUUUGAAAUAUGAAGAUGAAGAUAUCAGAGCACUGGGUGGUCAGACACUGGCGAUAAUGUGCUACAACAUGACAUCAACUCAAUCUGAAAUUGCAACAUUCGGCGGAAUUUAUUAUUGUGACUUUAAAAAAUGGAUGCUGGAAGCUAAAAGCGAUUUGAAUAAGUGUCAUUUUGCUUUCCAGCUUUUUACAUUAGCUAGGGUGUUUCCCGAUGCCAAGCCAGCUACCCCAGCCGCUGAAGGGAUUAUUCAGUUGUUUGAGUUUCUUAGUCUACCCAGCUCUGAUGACUUCUACAAGCAAGAAAGCAUAACGGCUGUUUUGUGUCAAGCUUGUAAUUACAUAGCCGCAUUGUGUCACUCCAGGCCUGGUGUUCCUGAUUCUUUCAUCGCCAUCAAGACUUUGGAACACCUGUUUAAUUUAUUGACCAAUUCGUUUGAACAGACCAGAGCAUCAGCUGCCAUCGCUUGUGGCUACCUCACUUUCCACCCUACAGCUAAGAGAUGGCUGCUGCGAAAGUUUCGGCAGGACACCUACCUCUUGGAUGUGUUGCUCUUCUACACUCAGGACACAAAAUGUAACUCUGUGCUUUUAGAGAAUUGGAAAUAUUUGGAAUACGUGGGACUGCCUCCUAAGGAGUUAGUUAACAAUUGCAGAUCAUUUCACACGUUAUCGUUAUUCAAACUCUUAGCUUUAUUUGGGCGCAUAAAAAUUGGUGGGAUGUGUAAUCUGUUGAGUGAGCCGCGCCCACACAUCCUGACCGGAGUUGAAGACCCACACAGCGGUGUGGUUGGCACGUCAACUGUGGAGAAGGAUGAUUACGAAGAUGAGUUGGUGUACACAGACGACCCCCCUCAAAGAAAAAAAGUUAUUUCUUCUAAGUCUAAGGUGGGCUGCACUCUAUCAGCUGAAAUCGACACCAGAUUAACAGUCCUUCUGCACGAGCCACAACCAAUACCCUGCUUGGUUCGUUUGCACGAAGAACGCGCAAAAAAGCAACGGGAUUUGGAUGAACAAAUGAUGAUGGAAAAAAUAGAGAAGGCGCAUGACCUGGAGGAGGAAGAAGAAGAGGAGGAAGUUGUCGAUGGAAGUGAUGAUGGAGUUGUCGAUGGAAGUGAUGAUGGAGUUGUCGAUGGAGGUAAUGAUGGAGAAGGUGAUGAAGAUGGGGAAAGGGGGAUAAUAUUUCUUCCAGUUGACAACGAUGCAAUAGAAUAG